AUGGCCGAGUACGCUCUCAAAGAUAAGGCAAAGGUUUCUGUUCAAACAUACGACGAGACCGCCCAUAAGACCGUCGUUGAGCAGGCUCAGUCUAUCAAAUCCCUCAGCGAAAAGGGUAUCACCAGUAUCAAAGUUCUAUCAGCCUCUGAUUCAUGGCCUGCGGGUUGCGUUGCGUACCCUGUUUCGAGCGCUGCCACCGACUUCCUGCAUGUCAAGGGUCGUGCUGAUAUCGAUAACGAGAUCAAGAAGGCCGACACGAAGCUGCAGAAGACGCGGGGUGCCAUCCAAAAGCUGCAAAAGCUUCUGAAUGACAAAUCGUAUCAAAAGGAGGCUAACAAAAGCCUACAGGAGCAGGACCGCAGAACGCUUGCAGAUGCUGAGAGUGAAGCCAAUGGUAUCAAAGGUACCCUCAAGCAAUUUGAGGACCUGAAGCUGAAGUAA